CGUCGAUCCCGCUCUGGGGCUGCUAAGAGACCUCCUUCAUCCUCCCGGGACAUAAAGUCACCGUCGCCUCCUCUCCCUUCUCACAUAUUUGGAUUCCUUUGUUGUUGUUGUCUGCAGGCCUCCUCCCACAUCAAAGCACAAAAGCUGUUGUUCCAUAUACCCCACCCCGCCUUUCGCCGCCAUGUCUGUCGUCUCCCUUCUCGGAGUGAAGGUUCUCAAGAACCCGGCCCCUUUCCUCGCGCCCUACGAAUUCGAAAUCACCUUUGAGUGCCUUGAACAGCUUCAAAAAGAUCUCGAAUGGAAGCUUACUUAUGUCGGUUCCGCUACUUCAUCUGAACAUGACCAGGAGCUCGACUCUUUACUUGUUGGACCUAUCCCUGUCGGGGUCAACAAGUUCAUCUUCGAGGCCGACCCACCAGACCUGAAGCGCAUCCCGCCCUCCGAGAUUCUGGGCGUCACCGUGAUUCUGCUCACAUGCAGCUACGAUGGCAGAGAGUUUGUUCGCGUUGGAUACUAUGUAAACAACGAAUACGAUAGUGAAGAGCUCAAUGCGGAACCCCCUGCGAAGCCUAUCAUUGAGCGCGUGCGCCGCAAUGUGCUUGCGGAGAAGCCUAGGGUCACUCGCUUCGCGAUCAAAUGGGACUCCGAGGAAUCUGCACCAGCUGAAUAUCCUCCUGAACAACCGGAUGCGGAUAAUCUCGAGGACGACGGCGCGAACUAUGGUGCCGAGGAAGCUGAACUUGAGGCCGCCCUUAUGAGAGAGCUUGAGGAGGCCGAGCGAGGAGAAGGAGAAGAAAGAGAAGGUGGUGAAGACCAGGAGAUGGAGGGUGCCGAAGAAACUGCUGGCCCAUCUAAGGAGGAGGACGUCUCCGAUGCCGAAAGUGAGGACCUGGAAGCCGAGAGCAGUGGCAGCGACGAGGAAGAUCUUGACGAAGAUGAAGGCGGAGACGGCGAUGACGAUGUCGAAAUGGGUGAUGACAAGGACGAGGUAUCUAAGCCCGACGCUGCGCAACACUCGCAGCCCGAAGUCAUGGUCCACUGAGCUUUUGAUUUUUGAUAUGCACUUUCCUUUUCUGGAUGGGAAAACAACGGGACUGCCAAUACAGGAUUUACGAUCUAUAAGGAAUGCUUCACGAGUCAGGAUGAUUUCCAGCACACCCUCCAUAUUUAACAUAUAUCGCAUUAUCUGCUUUAUCUGAUAGAGUCCGGCCAUAAUGCUACUUAGGGGGGCCAGGCGCAGUUUCUUUCUUUGUUCACAACUUUUAUAGUGACUUUCCAGAAUCUCUUAUGCGAGUAUAUAUCACGGAAUAGUCUUUUAUUUCCCUUCAAAAGCACGGACAGAC